UAAAAGGGGUAGCUGGAGGCACAUCCUUACACAUUCAGUCAACAAUCGUCAUGGAAGCAACAACCGCAAAGACCGCCUACGCUCUCUUUCUGCACCGCUCUGAGCUGCAGCGCCGCAAGGUGCACUACGCCAAGAAGUCGCAGACCAAGAUUCAGUUGACCAACGAGUUAAUCGCCAAAGUGAAGCAGCGCAUGGCCACAUGCAGCUACGAGGAUCUGCAGAUACUGGUCAGGGAGCAGCAGUUCAAGCGGCUGCUCGAACAGAAGCUCAGACAUCGGGCUAAGCAGCUUAAGGCAGUGGCCAAGCAGAACCGCAAACAGAAGCUGAAGCGACUACAGUGAAGCCCAACAAGCC